AUGGACUCUGACGAAGAAGGUUUAAUUGCGCUACUUUUGAUAAAAAGACGUCGUCGUAGAAGACGAAACCGUAGUUAUUGGAUACAUCCAAUUUUAACGAAUGUACACAAAUGCAACGAACAUUUCGAUAAUCUUCUAAACCAUCCUAAAAAGUUUUUCAAACAUUUUCGUUUAAGCAUAGGUACGUUUUGGGAACUACAUGCUCUAUUAUAUGCUGGAUUAAAGCACCACGAUACCAACAUGCGGAAAAGCAUCGCACCUGCGGAAAGACUAGCUAUCACAUUAAGGUAUCUAGGAACUGGAUGCUCGUUUGAGGAUUUUGAACUCUCUUACCACCGUGGAGCCUCUACAGCAAGGAAAAUAGUACAAGAAACAUUUCAACUAAUUUGGAACUAUUUAAAAGCCGUUUGUAUUCCAGAACCGACCCAAGACAUGUGGAAAGAAAUUGCCAGCGGAUUUCUUCAAAAUACUAAUUUUCCUAAUUGUUUAGGCGCCAUAGAUGGGAAACAUAUAAGAAUUAUUCAUCCAUUCGAAACCGGCUCCCUGUACUUUAACUAUAAAAAAUUUUUUUCAAUAGUACUUCUUGCAACUUGCGACUCGAAUUUACUUUUUACGUUCGUGGAUGUUGGGGCAUACGGUAAAGCAUCCGAUUCUACAAUAUUUAGAGAAAGUGAACUGUGUAAUAAAAUACACAGAAAGACAUUAAAUAUCCCCUCACCACGACAGGUCGGUAAUCGACAACCACUGAACUAUACAUUUGUUGGUGAUGAAGCAUUUGGCCUCAGUGAAAAUAUGAUGAGGCCAUAUGCUGGAAAAUAUUUGGACUUAGACAAAAAAGUUUUCAAUUAUAGGUUAAGCCGUGCCAGACGUUGCAUUGAGUGUACCUUCGGCGUACUAGCAAACAAAUGGAGAAUAUUACAUCGCCCAUUAAACACUUCUGUUCAUUUCUCAGAAGACAUUGUGAAAGCUUGUUGCAUUUUGCACAACUUUAUUCGCAAAAGGGAUGGCUUCAAUUUUCGGCACACUUUGAAAAUAGUGGGACUCGAAAAUAUACAAAAUACAGGCUGGCCAGUAACACGAGCGUCUACGGCAAGAGAUACAUUAAAAGAUUAUUUUAUGAAUGAAGGAGCAAUACCGUGGCAAGAAAAUGGAAUAUAAAUAUUUGGUUUUAUAUUAUUUUAUUAAACUUACCUUCAAUGUUCUUUUCUUUAGCAGUUUUAUUUGAAAAAUCUCCUACAAACAAUUCGCAGAUUUCUUCCCAGGCCUUCACUUUUUCUCCUCUAUUACUAUAACUAUCACUUUUUGAAUUCCAAAUCGCAGGACGGGAUUGUAUCUCUGAUAUAAAUAAUUCUAUAUCCAUAUUUAUCUACUGAACUACAGACUAUGUGCGUGCGUUACCGUCGACGUACACAGGUUAACUGAGGCAAGGGAGAGAGGGGCGCGGUAUCGCGCGAGUGGCGUGUGGCGGCUUUUUGUGUCGGCGUUUAGUGGCCGGUGCGAGCCACAAGAUGCAGGCUGCGACGAUUUGUAGCGUGUGGCCGCCACCGACGCCAACCGUGUGCGGCGAGUCCAUAUGAAAUGUAUGAAAAUUACAGGAAAUAUGCCAGUGGCGGCGUUUUGUGGUUGUGGCCGGUGGCCCGUGUGCGGGAGCCCUAACUGUAUAGAAACUGUUGACGAUGUUUCGCAACGCGCAUAAAUCAAAAUUGUCCAGUUCGAUCUUUUUGGCGCUUGUCCUUCUUUUUUUGCCUGGUGUAGACAAUUUUGGUAUAGCUGCUGGACCUGAACUUGAAGAUGUACUUGGCAAUGACGGGUCGUUUUGUUGUACAACUUUUGAUUCGUUUUUAAUUUUCAUCAGUGUUCUUUUUGAUACACCAGUAGCUGCACAAGCUCUUUUUAUAGCUUGGUCUACAGGAAUCAUAAAACGUUUAUUUGCCUUCUCAUUUUCAAAAAAAGUCAACACCUUCAAUAUAAGAGUCCUUGCCUCACUAUGAAUUGUCUUGCCCAUAAUGUUGUUGGUACAACCAAUUGGCUUCACUAACACGUUGAAAAAGUCUAAACUUAACAAAAAAAAAAACAAUUCAAAACUUAACACAGCAAUAACUCAACAAAAACA